CUCCGGUUGUCUCGUCGACGGAACUAAUUUGCUCCUCCAUCCCGAUAUAGUGGUCAAUCCUCUGUGGAGAACAUCUACUGAGAGCUUAUUGAUUCAACGAGCGUGGAGGCGUGAUCGCGAUUUUAGAUCUGGCCGAGAGCUAUUUCCUUGUAACCGUACCUCAUGACUGAGAGCCAAGUAAAAAUAAGACAACAGAUUGGUCGUUGACCUCAGGAAUGCGUUGUACUCCUGACCGUCAUCGCGGUAACUACCGAUUUCUUUUCUCAACCUUGCUCUUCAUUCAGUCUCACCCGCUCCACUACGUCAAGCCCCUCUUCGAACAGCAACAGGAAUUCCUAGCACUACCGAACUUCAAAUUGCACCAGGUUGACGUCGUGGAGUUCUUUCAGACAGGAGCUUCAUGCGAUGUCUACCCCUCCCUGGUUUUCAAAACUAUAUAACGCCGGGAUUCAUCAAUACACAUGGAAACUCACGUUGCCAAAGAUCAUGUCACCUUCGUUCUAUCACACCGAGCUUAACAGGGCCCUUUCCGAACAAGCCUUCGGGUUGGCUCGGUUUGACAUAUUCAGAAGCUCGUCGCCUCACGAGGCCACUGCAUCUGUCACUCUCAUUGAGGGCAGAACUAUUCGCAUAACCCUAACUGCUCGUGGCUAUCAGCUUGAUGGGGAUCAGAUCUUCGAAUCUAUUGAGGGACUCUUGCAGUCCGUCAGUACAGCAUACGAAGGAAGGAGGAGAGAGGCUUUAUUUUCGCGCCUGCGAAGCCUAUCAUGAAUCGUUGCUCAAGAUCGCAAUAUUCAGUGGCCCUAAACAUAUUUGUAGUAUUUUUGUACUAAUGUAUAGUGUGACGCAUAUUUUUGUUCGUUGUCGUUACCGUGUUUCCAGAGGCUUACAAACAAGCUUUGUUCUCCAGUACUAUAGACAGUCUGGUAGUACCACUUGCAAGUUUGGAACUAUUUUUUUCUGACG